AUGAGAGAGAAAAUGCGAGAAGCACUGCAUGAAAAAAUGAGACAUGAAAUGCAGCAAGAGGUAAAAUUUACCGUCGAGCCUUUUAGCAACGGAUCAAUAUCUGUUGUUGCUUCUUCAAGCGGCGGCGGAGCAAGAGGUGGUGGUGGUGGAGCAAGAGGUGGCGGUGGUAAUAGUCGUGGUGGUGACAGAGCAAAGGGUGGUGGCGGAGCAAGGGGUGGUGGUGGCAGGUCUAGAGGAGGCCGUCGUGGCGGUGGCGGUGGCGGCGGAAGCGAGGGGUGGCGGCCGUUAUCACAUGGUCAUCCGGCAAAACGCAGUGGAUCUAGACUUGGGAUAGCAUUGAUAGAGAGUAGUAUAUAUUUGUAA